CGACAACGUAAUGUCCGACGGUGUCCUGAUUCUUUCCUGCAUGCCUUCAUCGUAUCAUGUAUCAUUAUUGUGUUAAUCCUGAGCAUGUCUCAUUUGCAAUGACGAAAUCUCCCCGCACGCAACGUCCUCCCCGCACCAACCUCUCCUUCCGCCAUAGCAGACACAACACUACACUCAUUUAAAGACCUAUUUCAAAGAUAGAUACAAAAUGGCAGAAGCUCCAGUGGUAACCCUCCUCGAAUCCCUUAUCGAUAUCCCCAGCGCCAGCGACCACGAACAAGACAUCGCCCACCGGCUCGACAACCACCUCUCCACCCUCGGCUACACCGUCGAACGCAUCCCCAUCGCCCCAGGCUCGACCCGCGAAAAUGUCUACGCAUACCUAGGCUCCACGCGCAGGGUGCGAGCCUGUCUCACCGCGCACAUGGACACCGUCCCGCCGCAUAUCCCGCUGCGCGUUGAAGGGUCGACCAUCUACGGCCGCGGCGCCUGCGACGAUAAGGGACCCAUGGCUGCGCAGAUCUGUGCGCUUGAGGAGCUGCGUGCGGAGGGGGCGGUCAAGGAAGGUGACGUUGGUUUGUUGUUUGUCGUCGGCGAGGAGAAGGGUGGUCCUGGGAUGAUUGCGGCGAAUGAUCAUGAUUUGAAGUUUGAGGGCGUGGUGUUUGCGGAGCCGACCGAGGGGAAAUUGGUUGUUGGGCAUAAGGGGCAUUUGGUGUUUGCGUUGAUUGGGGAGGGGAAGGCUUGUCAUUCGGGAUAUCCCCAUCACGGUGUCAACGCCAAUGCCGCUCUGGUCGAAGUCCUGAAUGAGUUUCUAUGUACUAAAUUCCCUGAGUCGUCGUUACUGGGUCCGUCGACGUUCAAUAUCGGCAAGAUUGAAGGAGGAGUGAGCUAUAAUAUCGUCCCGGCUUCCAGCACGGCACUAUGCGCCGUCCGUGUGGCGACUGAUAUGGCCGAGUGUAAGAAAAUCGUGUCCGAGGUUGUUGCAAAACAUCCACAUGUCAGACUGGAAUUCAAGUUUGAGUAUCCAGAGACGUUGCUUGAUCAUGAUGUCGAAGGGUUCGAAACAGCACCUGUGUCAUAUGGAACAGAUGUUCCUCGAUUCAGGGGAGAUCAUAAAAAGUACCUAUACGGCCCUGGUUCAAUCCUCGUGGCCCAUGGAGAGAACGAGCAGAUCGAAAUUGACGAGCUUCUGGAGGGUGUCAGGGCGUAUAAGAAGUUGACCACCCACUUAUUGAAGGCUUGACCAAAUCAAUUGUUGCAUCUAUGGCAUCUCAUGCAGGCAGUACUAUCGUCUUACGCGCCUUGUUGCCUCAUUGUCGCCUUUACCCUGUUGAAAAGUUGGGUCUCUUACCGGAAUAUAUAUAUAUUGAUUGCCGGGUAAUGUAAUUCGGCGGACCAUUACAACGCAGCA